AUGAAAUUGAGGCUUUGUUUCUUUUUUUUUCUUUUCUAUUUAGCAGUGGAUUUGCAAGGCUGCUGUCCCACCCGGUUCAUAGUUCCUCCGAAAACCACACACUGGGUGGCCAUUAUGCAGAGAGGGAAGUGCACCUUCAAGGAGAAGAUCCUCAAGGCAGCUGCUUUUAAUGCCUCGGCUGUCAUCAUCUACAAUAACAGCACCAAAGAGGACACAGUCACGAUGGCUCAUGAAGGCACUGGAGACAUAGUGGCGGUAAUGAUCACCGAGUCCUUUGGAAAGGAGAUUCUGGGAUUCCUGGAGAAGAACCAGACUGUGUUGGUGUCUGUGAUGGUUGGGUCACGAGGGCUGCCCAAGAACAUCAACCGCGGCUCCUUGGUGUUCGUCUCCAUCUCCUUUAUCGUGCUGAUGAUUAUCUCCUCUGCUUGGCUGAUCUUCUACUUCAUCCAGAAGAUCAGAGACACCAGCGCACGCGACCGCAGUCAGCGACGGCUGGGAGAUGCUGCCAAUAAGGCCAUUAGCAAGCUGACUACCAGGACGGUAAAAAGAGGGGACAAGGAAGCAGAGCCAGAUUUUAAUCAUUGUGCAGUGUGCAUCGAAGGUUAUCAGCUAAACGAUGUGGUCCGGAUCCUACCCUGCAAGCACGUCUUCCAUAAAAUGUGUGUGGAUCCAUGGCUAAAUGAGCACUGCACCUGUCCGAUGUGUAAACUCAACAUCCUCAAAGCUCUGGGAGUUAUGCCCAACCUGCCCUGUGUGGACAACAUGGCUUUUGACAUGGAUCGGAUGUCCCGUAGUCAGACUUCCAGUCAGAGAACAGCGCUGGUGGACUUGUCCUCUGAGACCAGCAUCAGUCUGGAGCCUCUGCACCACUCCAGUUCCUCCCAGCUUCCCUCCGACGAAGAGCUCAUUCCUCGCUCCGGAGAGAUCAACAUUGCUGUCACUAAAGAGUGGUUUAUUGUUGCCAGCUUCGGCGUCCUCUCUGCUCUCACACUUUGCUACAUGAUCAUCAGAGCCACUGCCAUCGCCCCCACCCAUGAACUGAAGUUGGAAUGAAGAUAUUUUUGUGGCGUCCUCAUUUCUAAAACCGAAAUGCAUCCUGAAAAAUAAAGUCGUGGAUUUCAGACACUUGCAUUUGUUAUUAGUUAACUUUCACCUCUUGCACAUUCAGAGCUUUUCACUGGAUGAUAUAGCUGAUGAACUUCCUGUUUUACUCAAUUUGCAGUAUUAAAGCCAUUUUUAGUUUCAUUUUAGAUUAAUAGUGUUUUGCAUUAAUGUCUUUUACAUGUGUAUCAUUUUUUUUUUUCAAAUCUUUUGGUUUGUCUUUGAUUGUGAAUUACAUU